UGGCGCGAUGUGGUGCGUCAGUCAGUGUCGGUGCAGUCUCGCCCGGGAGUGCGAGAGAGAAAUUUAGUGUUUUAUGCUGGGUAAUUGAACGUAGUAGAGGCAGAUAUCAAAGAGUGAGAGAACUGGUUGAAUCGCUUCGAAAGAGAGAAAUAGGCAAGAGAAAGAAGGACAGAUAUAUCACGUAAGACGUACUGCGAUGUCCGCACACGGGGCGAGCCGGUCAAUCGCGCCACUUCGCGGAGUGUACGUUUAAUCGCAUAUAAUUUCAAGCAAGAAGACAGGCCGAAGCCUGAAUAAAGAGAUUAGGGUAAACGAGAGGGAAUGAGCAAAUUACUCGGCUUAACAAGUACCGGUGCGAAGUAGUGGCUGGACCACAUGGUAGCUUUAUAAGCUGUGUUAGUGAUCGUCUUAUUCGGUAAAAGCACACAUUGUUAUUGUUGUUGAUCGAUAUCCAUUGCGAGAAAAAGAGGAGAUAAAUAGGCAAGCAAGCAAGAGAGAGAGAAAGAGAGAGAGAGAGAGAGGGUGGGUGAGAGGGAGAGAACUUUCGUAGCAGAAAGCACCGAGAGGUUGGCAACGGUGUGGCGCUGGGUGGUGGUGGUGGUGCACUGUGACACAGUGGUGAAACGAAGGCACGAAGGACACGGCCGUGAGUAGGAAGAGGGUUGUUAUGGGGCGAGACUUCUGUGGUGUGCUGCUGUUCAUCGCGCUGGCCGCGUUGGCUGCGCUAGUAAGGGCAGAUGCCUUUUCGACGGAAAGUAAACUGGCUUGUCCUUUGAGGCAAUUCCGAUGCAACAAUGGCAGAUGCAUACCAAUUUCGUGGGUCUGCGACAAAUCGGACGACUGUACUGACAAUUCUGAUGAAAGCCCAGAAGAAUGUAAAAAUACCCAGGAAUGCAAAGAGUCGGAGUUCAAGUGUACUAAUGGCAGAUGUAUACCCAAUAUAUGGCAUUGCGAUGGUGACCGGGAUUGCCCAGACGGUGUGGACGAAGAUCCUGCGGUCUGCAGAACGGUACCGUGCAGCGAAACGGAAUUCCAAUGCAGCCCAGGCGAGUGCAUUCCGAAGACCUGGCUAUGUGAUCGCCAGGUAGAUUGCACCAACGGUGUGGACGAGAAAAAUUGUCACAGAACCAAGACCUGCACGCCGGAACAGUUCACAUGUCAUUCGGGAAAUGGCGAAUGCGUGGCAUUAACAUGGAUGUGUGACGACAACCCGGACUGUUCGGACGGUUCGGACGAAGCUGAGUGUAACGACACUUGCCGGUCUGAUGAAUUUACCUGCGCGAAUAAGCAUUGCAUACAACAAUUAUGGGUAUGCGACCAUGACAAUGAUUGUGGAGAUAAUAGUGACGAGAAAGCUUGUGGACCGGUAACUUGUCAUCCUGACACUGAUUUUGCGUGCUCCGAAAGUUACUGCAUAACAUCACGGUGGAGAUGUGAUGGCGACUAUGAUUGCCCUGAUCGUUCCGACGAAAUGGGAUGUAAGGAGCCUUCAGAGAAAAUAAGCCACUGUAACAAGGAAUUUGAUUGCAACGAUGGCGUAACUUGUAUACACCAGACUUGGGUAUGUGAUGGGGAAAAGGACUGUCCAAAUGGUGCGGACGAAUCCCCGCAGAGAUGUCACAAUAUCACGUGUAGGCCUGAUCAAUUUCAAUGUGAAGAUCGACAUUCUUGCAUAUCAGGUCAUCUGUAUUGUAAUGGUAAAACUGAAUGCGCCGACGGAAGCGAUGAAAAAAAUUGUACGAGCAAAGUCGUAAGCUGUGAUCCACAGGUUCAGUUUGAAUGUAGCGAGGGCUCAUGUAUUCCUCUGGAACACGUAUGUGACAAAAAUCCAGAUUGCAUUGGUUGGGAAGACGAGAGCAUCCAGUACUGUGGCGUGAACGAGUGCGCAAAGAAUAACGGAGGAUGCUCGCAGAUUUGUGUCGACUUACCUAUUGGUUAUCGAUGCGACUGUAAUGCAGGAUAUAGGCUCAUUGACAAUCGCACAUGUGAUGAUAUCAAUGAAUGUUUGGAGCCCGGCAGUUGUUCUCAAUUUUGCAAGAAUGAAAAAGGUAGUUUUAAAUGUAGUUGUGCCGCCGGUUAUCUUAAAGAUCCACGAAAUCUAACACGUUGUAAAGCAGCUGAAGGUCACGCGAGUUUGCUAUUCGCUCGCCGACAUGACAUCAGAAAGGUAGCUUUGGAUCGUCAAGAAAUGACUGCUAUCGUUAAUAACACUAAGAUGGCAACAGCUUUAGAUUUCGUCUUCCGUACUGGAAUGAUUUUUUGGAGUGAUAUCAGUGAAAAAAAAAUUUACAAAGCACCAAUAGACGAAGGAAAUGAGCGAACGGUUGUUAUCGAAAACGAUCUCACUACGUCCGACGGAUUAGCAGUUGACUGGAUUUAUAGUCAUAUUUAUUGGACGGACUCUGGAAAAGAUACGAUUCAAUUAGCUAAUUUUGAAGGGAAUAUGAGGAAAACUUUAAUACAGGAUCGUAUUCAGGAACCUAGGGCAAUAGCGUUGAAUCCUUUGGAAGGUUGGAUGUUUUGGACAGACUGGAGUGACGAAGCGCGUAUUGAACGAGCUGGCAUGGACGGUUCUCAUCGAUCGGUGAUUGUUGGCAAUGAUGUUAAGUGGCCUAAUGGCUUAGCUUUAGACUUAAUUGGCAAGAGAGUGUAUUGGGUAGACGCAAAAUUAAACAUCAUAGGUUCCUGCAAUUAUGAUGGUACCGGCAGGCGAACGGUUCUCUACUCUCCCGAUAACCUGAGGCAUCCCUUUAGUAUCACAACCUUUGAAGAUUAUGUGUACUGGACUGAUUGGGAUAAGGAAACCAUCUUUAAAGCCAAUAAAUUCACUGGAAAGGAAGUAGAGGCUGUAACAUCUAUUAGGACGCUUCAGCAUCCGAUGGUAGUUCAUGUGUAUCACCCAUAUAGACAGCCUGAUGGGAUGAAUCAGUGUCAAGCCGUCAAUGGACAUUGUAGUCAUCUAUGUUUGCCGGCACCUAAAAUCAAUUCUAGAUCGCCAUUGUUAUCGUGUGCGUGUCCUGAUGGCUUACGGCUAUUAUCCGACGGAUUAAUGUGUGUGGAAAAUGAUACUACGACCGUAGCAUCGACAACGGAACAAGCUACAAAGCUGUUUAGGAAGGUUGGACCUCCGAAUAUUACUACGACUACCAAUCCACUACCUUCAGCAGAUACAGAUGGAAAAGGAAAUUUAGCUGAAGCAGCAGAUCCUGGCUUAGUUGCCGGUAUUGUGAUAGGCGUCGUGUCCUUAGGAUUAUUAUUACUUGCACUUGUGGCUGUACUUUGCUACAGGCAUUACCUUCAUCGCAAUGUCACUAGUAUGAACUUUGACAAUCCCGUCUACAGGAAAACUACCGAAGAUCAAUUUAGUCUUGAAAAGAACAGAUUUCCGCUUCCUACAGCUACAGUUGGAGAAGAGGCCCAGGAACCAUUGACGAGUCCUGGAACAAACGACUAUGUUUAAGAUUCAAUAUGUCAAUAUCGAAAGCUUAACAGGCUAUUAGGAAGUACUAUAUCGACCAAGUGAUAAAACCAUGUAAAAAACGAGGUAUUUGCGUCAAAAGAGCUUGUCCAAACGCAUCAUGCCUGCGCCGCUCUCGCCCGCAAGCCUGCCAAACAACUGUGAUUAUGUUAAUGUUUUGUAUCUAUUUCUUUACAAAUUUUAGCACAUUGUCAUUCGAAUAUAUGUAUUGUAUAUUAUGCGUACGCAACGUUUAGAUUUGCUUCGGGACAUAAAGGGAGAAAUGCUUAGAGAAACCGUUGCCAAAUAAGCGAAGUUAAAAGCUCUACAUGUAUCCAAAUAGUUCGAUAAGAUUUCUAUUUAAUAUCUUUUGCUUUUUAGUUAAGCAAGAUGUAAUUUGUAAUAUAGCACUUUUCGCAAGGAUUUAGCAUAUGCUUGUGCAUACGAUUAUGCUUACAGAAAAAAUAUGGCAUAUGCAUGCCAUGCUUCUACAUGUAGUAUAUAUAUAUACAAAUUUAACUUGUUUAAAUAUUUAUUGUUUUUAAAGAUUGCAGUGGUUUUCUUGAGAUUAAUUUUUUUCUGAAUUAUAUAUAAAUCUCAAAAUUGUUAUCAGAAUUCUCAUGGAUCUCAUGGAAUCUCAAAAUUGUUAUCAGAAUUAAUUAAAAGAUGGAUCAUUAUCAUGGAUCAUUAAGUGAAAUAAAAAAGGCUAUGAAUCAA